CGCGUGUCAUGGGUCCCGUCCUACGUGUGGCUCUGUCCCAUGUUGCUGGCCCCCUGGGUGGGGUCUAGCCCCAGAGACCCCAGGUUCAGGGGGAGCAGCUGAUCCCAGUGUGGGGGCACGGCCAGCCCCUCUCCACGCUGACCCCUCUCCUCUUCCCCAGGCUGCUGAAUGCAGAGGACGGUGGCUGUUGUCGGUGGUGGGAUCAGUGGCCUCACCGCCUGCUACCACCUGGCCAGGAGCCCCAAUGCUCCCAAGAUAAUCCUGCUGGAGGGUAGCGGCCGCCUGGGGGGCUGGCUCCAUUCCACUCGAACUGAGGACGGGGCCGUAUUUGAGCAUGGCCCCAGGGGGAUCCGACCUGCCGGGACCGUGGGGAAGAACACUCUGCUCAUGAUCUCUGAACUUGGCCUGGAUGCAGAUGUGCUUCCGGUGCCUGGCGACCACCCGGCUUCUAAGAACCGCUACCUGUAUGUGAGCGGGGCACUGCACAGGCUGCCAUCUGGCAUUGGCGGUGUUCUGCGGACAGUGCCGCCCUUCACCAGACCCCUACUCUGGAGUGGGCUGCAUGAGCUGGCAGCCCCCCGGGGCACCCAGCCGGAUGAGACCAUCCACAGCUUUGUGAGCCGCCGCUUCGGAAAGGAGCUGGCUGACAUCGCCAUUGACAGCCUGUGCCGGGGGGUGUUUGCUGGAGACUGCCGGGCCCUGAGCAUGCGCUCCUGCUUCCCUGCGCUGUUCGAGGCUGAGCAGAGGCGGCGCUCCGUCAUCCUGGGGAUGGCCCUGGGCGGAGGGAAGGGCCCCGCCCUGGACUCGGCGCUGAGCCGCAGGGCUCGCGACGAGCGCUGGAGCCAAUGGUCGCUGCGUGGUGGCAUGGAGACACUGCCCGAGGCCCUGCAGGACUUCCUGAGACGGCGUGGGGUUGAAAUGCACUGCCAUGCCCGGCUGCAGCACCUGGAGAGAACAGCAGCUGAGUGCUGGCAGAUCACCCUGGAGGAUGGCAGCGUGAGAGCAGACCAUGUGAUCAGUGCCAUCCCAGCCAGAGCUCUGGCGGUGCUGCUCCCCGGCUGGGCCGAGCCGCUGGCCCAGGAGCUGCGCAGCAUCGAGGCUGUGUCGGUGGGUGUGGUGAACCUGCAGUACAACGGUGCCACGCUGCCCAUCACGGGGUUCGGGCACCUGGUGCCCUCGUUCGAAGACAGCUCCCUGCUGGGCAUUGUCUACGACUCGGUCGCCUUCCCGGAGCAGAAUGGCAGCCGUGGCCCUUCCGUCCGGCUCACGGUGAUGCUGGGAGGUGCAUGGUUCGAACAGGGCUUUGGGGACCCAGACACGGUGCCACAGGCCGUGCUGCUGAGCCGUGCCAAGGAGGCAGUGAGGGCACACCUGGGCAUUGUGGCCGAGCCCUCCUGCACAAUCGUCAAAGUGCUCAAGGCCUGCAUCCCCCAGUACAUGCUCGGCCACUGGCAGAGGAGAGGUAAGGCUGGCAGAGCCCUUGGUGCCCUCUCACAUCUAUGGCAUCAGGCUGCCCCUCGCAUGUUAUCCCCUCUGCAGUAUCAUAGAAUCUCAGGGUUGGAAGGGACCUCAGGAGAUCUAGUCCAACCCCCUGCUCAAAGCGGGACCAAUCCCCUCACUCCCUCUGUCCCCCUGGCAGAGACCAUGAGCCGUUACCUGGAGCAGGAAGGAUUACCGCUGAGCCUGAUCGGGGCCUCCUACCAGGGUGUCUCUGUGAACGACUGUAUCUACAGUGCCAAGCUGGCAGUCACCCGGCUCCUGGACUAG